AGCGAGGUGCUUCCGGUAAGUAUUUCUCUCUUGUUUUUGUUUGUUUUUUCUCUGUGCGUGGUGUGAUCUGCCGACAAGCAUUCUACAGUCCCCCUCCCCCCUCCUCCCUCCCAGCACAUCUUGUUGCGCGUACACAGGUCCGUUUCAACGGCGCUCUCGCCUCCUGUGAUUCUCUUCCGCCCCCCGCCCCCCCCCCCCUUCCCAGCGUUCUUUUUUAGAUUUCUCUUCUCUCUCGCUGUUUCUGUUUUUUUUUCUUUCUCUUUUUUGUAAUUCUCUCUUCACUCUAGACACCUUUUUUUUCCUCCUUCUUCGGUUUCCUUUUGUUUGUCUUUGUAUUAGUGUGUGUGUGUGCUUCACCGCAUCUCGGGCUUUUCUAUCUCUACGCUUUAUCUGCCAUCACGGUACCCCCCCCCCCCGAAUUCAGCUGCCACCGUUGAAGGUUAUCUGCUUGAGACAGCGGCCAAGCGUUGUGCGGUUCUUUCGCCUCCACGGUCCGCCGCCGCCGCAACCAACCAACCAACCCGCCUCCCUUCCGUAGCCUCCUAGAGCAGAAUAAAAACCCGAAGUAAGAAGAAAAGGACGCGUACGAUCGGUUUUGUAAAACCACUGUCGUCGCUGUUCUCUGUCGUUUCCCUCCUUCUCUCGCCGUCGCUGCAUGCGAAGUCUUCUUUGUUGUUGUUGUUCCCGUAACGCAGCUUUAUCGCGCUCAUCGCUUAUUUGUUGACGUUGUUGUUUUUUCAAACGAAUACACCCAUCUGCGACCCCUUCUUUGAUAUACUCCAGCGCUGUUGUGCUGAUUGGCACUGUGUUUUCUUUUCUUCUUAUUCUUCUCAUUUUUUUUUGAGUAUCAUUACUCUGUAAACCUUCAAGAGAGCAUGCUCCGUCGUGUUGCGCCGCGGCUGAUGAUCUUCACGACGGGCGGCGGCACUGCCCUGCGCGCCGAAGCCCGUCCGACCACCGCCACGCCCCAGCCGGCCGCCGACACCGAAAAGUCCGUCGGCGUCUACCUGCCAUGGACGGCGCGGCCGUGGGAGGUAACGCACUGCGUGCACCACUCCCAGUGGAAGUUCCUCGAUACGGUUUUUUCGCACCUCGCCGCGCUGACGCCGGCCGAGCUGAGCGAGCGUGCGCGGGAGCAGGGGGCGGGCGACGUCCUGUGUGAUCUCGAGGAGCCCGCCUCGGCGCUGCGUCGUCAGCGGGCUCGGCAGGCACGGCAGCGGCGACGGCAGGAGAAGGCAGCGCCGGACACUCCGACUGCUGCCGCUGGCGCAUACUCUGGCCGAGCGGACGCCGUAGCGUCGUUGCUGCCUGCAUCGCUUGCCUCAGCGGUGGCGUCAUCUGUGCCUCACAGCACGUCGUGGAAGAAGCAAAGCAAUCCGUUGGCUUUCUCCCCGGGGGAGGCGAAGGGCGCCCCAUCGCUACCGCCGCCACCUGCGGCCGGCCUUCACAUUUCCCCAGCCGGCGACGCGCCUGCCCCGCCAGCGGCAGAGGUGCGCACCGCGUCCGCCCCACAGGACGUCGCCGCCGUCACGACGGACGGAGACGGCGACGCGGCCCGCAACGACCGUCUUGAUAGCACCAGUACGAGUAGGAAGAAAAAGUCCAAGAGGCAGAAGCGCAGCAAGAGAUCGGUGGAUGUCAUCCACUACGUAUAA